AUGACCCCUGCAAUAAAGAUCGUGAUCAUCACCCCGGUGACGAUGGAUGUCACGUUCUACAAGCCCCAAAUCGACCGUCUCUGCCGCGCCGGGGUGGAGGUCACCGAAAUCUCGCUGACCGUCGGGCCGGCCACGAUCGAAUCCCGCGUCGACGAGGCCAUGGCCGUACCCGGCAUGCUGGCCGCGGCGCUGCAGGCCGAGCGAGCCGGGGCGCACGCGCUGGUGAUCAGCUGCAUGAGCGACCCGGGGCUGAGUGCGCUCCGCGAAGCGGUCGCGAUCCCCGUCGUGGGGGUCGCGCAGGUCUCCAUGGCGACGGCGGCGACGCUGGCGCACAGCUUCGGGAUCGUGACCGUGCUGGGCCGCCUCACGCCGGUCCUGCAGGCCAACGCGGCGCACUGUGGCUACGAGCGGCGGUAUGUCGGCUGCCGCGCGGUGGAGAUCCCCGUGCUAGACGUCCACCGCCGGGCGCGCGAGGUGCAGGAGGGUCUGAACCGGCUGGCGCUGGAGCUGGUCGAGCAGCGCGGCGCCGGCGCGGUCAUCCUGGGCUGUGGCGCGCUGAUGGGCUGCGCGGGCGAGAUCCGCGGGUUCCUGGCGGAGAGAGGCCUGGCCGUGCCGGUCAUUGACCCCGUGCCUGCCACCGUCGCCUUCGCCGUCUCCCUGGUCGAGCAGGGGCUGAGCCACAGCAGCAUCAGCUACCCGCCGUGUCAGGUGAAAUCGUACAAGGGGUAUGAGCUGGGAGAGCGGCAGUGA